GUCCCGCGAGAGGAGCGGGGCGGGGCUGCGCGGCGCGCGGUCGCCAUGGUGACGCGCGCCGCGCCCGCGAGGACUUCUUGUCGGUCGUUCAGGGCUGCGCGGCCGCGGAGGUGCGGGGACCCGGGCUUGCGCCGGCGGGGGCGGUGGGCUCACCUAUGGGCCUUUCCAAAAGCAAACAGAAACCCAGGAAAGGUGAGGAGCAAAAGAAGGAAUCCAUCUAUUCGGUUCCAAAAUCUAAGGAUAAGUUGAUGGAGAAGCAUUCGCAGGAAGCCAGGCAGGCAGACAGGGAGUCGGAGAAGCCUGUGGACAGCCUCCACCCGGGGUCCGCGGCAGCCAAGCACCCGUCGCCGGCGGCUUCGCAGGAAGAGAAACCUGAUGUAAAGCAAAAGUCCAGCAGGAAGAAAGUGGUCGUUCCACAGAUCAUCAUCACGCGAGCGUCAAACGAGACACUCACCAGCGGCAGUUCCAGCGGGAGUGACCAACAGAGAACCAUUCGGGAGCAGGAGGACUGGGGCCCCUACUGGCGGCACAGGAACCCCAGCACAGUAGAUGCCUACAGUUCACAUCUCAAAGAAUAAACAAGCACCCUUGCAUGGCACUCGUUACUCCCUGCAAUAGGCGUCUCAGGAAGGGCCGCCCCACCCUGUGAGAAGCCAAGGCUCCUUCUCCAGUGAUCUCGGGGAGGGUGGCACCAGGCCUGCCCCACCUGUGAGAAACCACAGCCCCCUUCUCCAGUGAUCUCGGGGAGGGUGGCACCAGGCCUGCCCCACCUGUGAGAAACCACAGCCUCCUUCUCCAGUGAUCUCGGGGAGGGUGCACCAGGCCUGCCCCACCUGUGAGAAACCACAGCCCCCUUCUCCAGUGAUCUCGGGGAGGGUGGCACCAGGCCUGCCCCACCUGUGAGAAACCACAGCCCCUUCUCCAGUGAUCUCGGGGAGGGUGCACCAGGCCUGCCCCACCUGUGAGGAACCACAGCCCCCUUCUCCAGUGAUCUCGGGGAGGGUGUACCAGGCCUGCCCCACCUGUGAGAAACCACAGCCCCUUCUCCAGUGAUCUCGGGGAGGGUGGCACCAGGCCUGCCCCACCUGUGAGGAACCACAGCCCCCUUCUCCAGUGAUCUCGGGGAGGGUGUACCAGGCCUGCCCCACCUGUGAGAAGCCAAGGCCCCUUCUCCAGUGAUCUCGGGGAGGGUGUACCAGGGCCACCCCACCUGGCUGUGAGGAACCAAGGCCCCUUCUCCAGUGAUCUCAGGGAGGGUGCACCAGGCCUGCCCCACCUGUGAGAAACCAAGGCCCCUUCUCCAGUGAUCUCGGGGAGGGUGCACCAGGCCUGCCCCACCUGUGAGGAACCACAGCCCCCUUCUCCAGUGAUCUCGGGGAGGGUGGCACCAGGCCUGCCCCACCUGUGAGAAACCAAGGCCCCUUCUCCAGUGAUCUCGGGGAGGGUGGCACCAGGCCUGCCCCACCUGUGAGAAACCAAGGCCCCUUCUCCAGUGAUCUCGGGGAGGGUGGCACCAGGCCUGCCCCGCCUUGGAGAAGCUGCGGCCCCUUCUCCAGUGCCGUUUGGUCCUGCCUUCCCCAAAGCUGCUUACAGCUCAGUCGAGGCAAGAGUGACUGGCUCAGAGAGCAAGCUUUGUGGUGAUAAAUGAAUAAAUUAGUAUGUUCAUGUUGGAA